CCUGUGUUCGUGUGCCCAUACCACCCCUCAUGCUUCCCUUGACCACCCUUUUUCCUUGGCCUUAGAACCCUAGAUCCCUCCCAGAAGCCUCCUUAACCAGGCCCAGUGCCCUGGUUAAGGCUGCCUAGGUGCAGACCCUAUGGGGGGAGCCUGUGGGAAACCAUGGGAGCAUGAGCCCCUGGGUCCUUGGGUCCAGCAGCAUCCCCAGCCCCUCAUGGCCUCUCCUUGCCCUGCAGCUCUUUGACCUCAUCUACCGCGAGGAGACACUAUUCAAUGUCAUCAAGAGUGUGACCCGCAAUGGCCGCUCCAUCCUCUUGACUGCCCUGCUGGCCCUCAUUCUGGUCUACCUCUUCUCCAUCGUUGGCUUCCUCUUUCUCAAGGAUGACUUCAUCCUCGAGGUCGACCGGCUGCCCAGCAACCACUCCAGAGCCAAUCCUCUGGGGAUGCCACAUGGAGCUGCCACAUUCAUGGGCACGUGCAGCGGGGACAACAUAGAUUGUGUCUCAGGGGUCUCAGUGCCUGAAGUCCUGGAAGAGGACAAGGAGCCAGACAGCACAGAGCGGGCUUGUGACACUCUGCUGAUGUGCAUUGUCACCGUCAUGAACCAUGGGCUACGCAAUGGUGGUGGUGUGGGAGAUAUUCUCCGCAAGCCGUCCAAAGAUGAGUCCCUCUUCCCAGCCCGGGUGGUCUAUGACCUCCUGUUCUUCUUCAUCGUCAUCAUCAUUGUGUUGAACCUCAUCUUUGGGGUGAUCAUCGACACCUUUGCUGACCUGCGCAGUGAGAAGCAGAAGAAAGAGGAGGUUCUCAAGACUACGUGCUUCAUCUGUGGUCUGGAGAGGGACAAGUUUGAUAACAAGACGGUGUCAUUUGAGGAACACAUCAAGUUCGAGCACAACAUGUGGAACUACCUGUAUUUCAUUGUGCUGGUCCGUGUGAAAAACAAGACGGACUACACAGGGCCCGAGAGCUACGUGGCACAGAUGAUUAAGAACAAGAACCUGGACUGGUUCCCCCGGAUGAGGGCCAUGUCUCUAGUGAGCAACGAGGGGGAGGGGGAACAGAACGAGAUCCGGAUUCUGCAGGACAAGCUCAACUCCACCAUGAAGCUGGUGUCCCACCUCACUGCCCAGCUCAACGAGCUCAAGGAGCAGAUGACUGAGCAGCGGAAACGCAGGCAACGCCUGGGCUUUGUGGAUGUCCAGAACUGCAUGAGCCGCUGAGGAAGGCCACCGAAGGCCCUAACAGGGAUCCUUGUCACUGAAGAGCUGUAAUUUCCCUUGGGUGGCGCAGCCAGCCUGCCAGCCUCAAGGCCAGGUGCCCACCUAGCCUCCAGCUCCCAUUCUGCCAAACACCCCCAAGCCACUCCAGGCUGACCAUCAUGGAAGGGGAGCCACAGAACUGACAGUCCUGCCUAGAGCCCUUAAAAAUGACUCAGAAACUCACUGGGACUUGGCUUCCCUUAAUGCCUUAGAGAAGUUCACUGAAAGGCCUGUUGCUUUGUCGCUUAGAGCAAUUGACAUGCUCUGUACUCCUCAUGGGUGACCGAGAGGGGUUACCUCUUUAUUUCAAGCACUACAUUUUGGUUGCUGCCCACCUAUGGGGAAGGUGCAGUCAUGUUGUUGCUAGUGAUUUUACGGCUUUGUUAUUUAACUUAUUCAUGAGUGCUGUGCUCAGCCCUGGCCCUGGCAUGGCUACCCCCAUGCCUCCAGUGUGUGGACCUCACUGUCCAAGCCCAGGCCACCCCCCUCUGGAAGCCCCAGGAGGGCUGUUGACCCAAGGAUGGAGAGCCUUGUUCCUGGGACCUGCUUCUUCCGGGCCUCCUGGGGAAGUCGCAUGCCCAGGUGACAGGGCUGGGGUGUGUUGAGUGACUGGUUUUUGACUGCUUGUUUUUUCUCACAAAUCCUUUGUCCUGAAAACUAAUAAUGUUAAUUGCCGUAAAUAAAUUAAUAGAAAUCUAGUCCAAUA